AUGUUGUCUAGAUCGAUCCGCACAUCGGCUUCCAGAGCCAUCAAGAGCUCUCAAUGUAUGAGAACCGUGUCUUGUGCAUCUGCAAAAAGAUAUGCAUCUUCUAGCCUUUUCACCAGACAAAGUGCUCCUAGCAGAAUUCCCCAAAAUUUAAACAGUCAGUUUAUUUCUCGCUCCCUGUUACAGCGCCGUUUGGAAUCAACUAAGGUGGAGGUUCCACCUAUGGCUGAAUCUUUGACUGAAGGUACUCUUUCUCAAUAUACCAAGCAAGUGGGUGAAUCUAUCCAACAAGAUGAACUAUUGGCUACUAUCGAAACUGAUAAGAUUGACAUCGAAGUCAACGCUCCCGUGAGCGGUAAGAUUGUUAAAUUGAGCUUCAAGCCUGAAGAUACCGUUACUGUUGGUCAAGAAUUGGCUCAAAUUGAAGAGGGUGAAGUCUCUACUGGUGGCGAAGCUCCAAAAGAAGAGCCAAAACCUGAAGAACCGAAGAAGGAAGAACCAGCUGCUGCUGCCCCACCUCCUCCAAAGCCUGAGGCUCCAAAGAAGGAAGCUCCAAAACCAGCUGCCCCAAAGAAGGAAGCUCCAAAGAAGCCAGAACCAGCUCCACAAGCUCCAAAAACCACUUCCUUCUCUCGUAAUGAGGAAAGAAUUAAGAUGAACCGUAUGAGAUUGAGAAUUGCAGAAAGAUUGAAGGAAUCUCAAAACACCGCAGCUUCUUUGACCACUUUCAACGAAGUUGAUAUGUCCGCUUUGUUGGAGAUGAGAAAGCUUUACAAAGAUGAAAUCAUCAAGAGCAAGGGUGUGAAAUUCGGUUUCAUGGGUCUAUUCUCUAAGGCAAGUACAUUGGCCGCCAAGGAUAUCCCAUCUGUCAACGGUGCCAUUGAAGGUGACCAAAUCGUCUACAGAGAUUACAGUGACAUUUCUAUCGCUGUUGCUACUCCUAAGGGUUUGGUUACCCCUGUGAUCCGUAACGCUGAAUCCUUGUCCGUUUUGGAAGUUGAACAAGAAAUCGUCCGUCUAUCUCAAAAGGCUCGUGAUGGUAAAUUGACCCUUGAAGAUAUGAGUGGUGGUACUUUCACCAUUUCCAACGGUGGUGUUUUCGGCUCUCUAUACGGUACUCCAAUCAUCAACACCCCACAGACUGCUGUGUUAGGUUUGCACGGUGUUAAGGAAAGACCAGUGACCGUUAACGGUAAGAUCGAAUCUAGACCUAUGAUGUACUUGGCAUUGACUUAUGAUCACAGAUUGAUGGACGGUAGAGAGGCCGUGACUUUCUUGAGAACCGUCAAAGAAUUGGUUGAAGACCCAAGAAAGAUGCUUCUUGCCUAA